CAGGGCGGGGAUGCUGGAGGCGGCGGGCGCGCCUCCCACCACCCCGGGGCGCGGCCUCGACGGCGGCACGGCCGCACCGCACCCGCUCCCGCACCUUCCCCCUCGUCCUUCCCCGCAGCAUGGAGCGCCGUGUGGCCCGGGAGUUCCGCCACAAGGUUAAUCUGCUAAUUGACAAUGAAGCGGAGAAGGAUUACCUUUAUGAUGUGCUGCGGAUGUACCACCAAUCUAUGAAUCUUCCAGUGCUUGUGGGGGAUCUAAAACUCGUGAUUAACGAACCAAGCAGGUUGCCUCUAUUUGAUGCUAUCCGCCCACUUAUUCCAUUAAAACACCAGGUGGAGUAUGAUCAGCUUACACCCAAAAGAUCAAGAAAGCUGAAAGAAGUGAGAUUGGAUCGCUUGCAUCCUGAAGGACUUGGGCUAAGUGUGAGAGGUGGAGUGGAAUUUAGCUGUGGCCUCUUUAUCUCCCAGUUAGUUAAAGGAGGACAAGCAGACAAUGUUGGACUUCAGGUUGGAGAUGAGAUAGUUCGUAUAAAUGGAUAUUCCAUCUCAUCAUGCACACAUGAGGAAGUCAUAAACCUCAUUCGCACGAAGAAAAUAGUGUCCAUAAAAGUAAGACAUAUUGGAAUGAUACCUGUCAAAAGUUCAGCAGAUGAACCCCUUAAAUGGCAAUAUGUGGACCAGUUUGUGUCAGAAUCUGGGGAAGCAAAGGGCAGUGUCGCUGGUCUUGCCUCUUCUGGAGGGAGAGACAAUAAAGAGAAGAAAGUCUUCAUUAGCCUGAUUGGUACAAAAGGCAUGGGAUGCAGUAUUUCCAGUGGUCCAACACAAAAACCAGGCAUUUUUAUCAGCAACGUUAAGCCAGGUUCUCUUUCAGCGGAGGUGGGCUUAGAGGUUGGUGAUCAGAUUGUCGAAGUAAAUGGAGUGGACUUUUCUAAUGUGGACCAUAAAGAGGCUGUCAGAGUGCUCAAAAGCAGCCGUACUUUGACUAUCUCUGUGGUAGCAGGCGCUGGAAAAGAGCUGUUUAUGACUGAAGACGAGAGGCAGAGGGAGGCACGUCUUCGUGAGCAGGAACGCCAGGAGUUGAUGCAUCAGAAGCGGCUUGCGCUGGAAACCAACAAAAUCAUCAAAGAGCAGCAAGAGAAAGAGAGAUUAAGAAAAAUGGAGAUUUCCCAGAAGGCUGCAGAGGAAGAAGAGAGAUAUCGCAGAGAAAUAGCGCAGAUAACAGCAGAGGAAGAAAAAAUUAAAAAGGAGUGGGAAGAAGACUGGGGGCCUAAAGAGCCUCCCAAAUCUCUAAAAACUGUGACUGCAGAAGUGCACUCUGCCCCUCAUUCUAAACACAAAACUUUUGGAUGGUUUUAUCGGUAUGAAGGAAAAUUUCCCACAAUUCGCAAGAAAGGGAAAGAGCAAAAGAAGUCAAAAAGUGACAGUUUUUGUGAACAAAAGAAGAAUAAAAAGGAAAUGGAGUUUGAGCAAAGACUUGCCAAGGAAAAGGAAGGAAGGCUGGAGAAGGAAAAGCAACUGAAAAUAAAUCGUCUUGUGCAGGAGGUAUCUGAAACAGAACGAGAAGACCUGGAAGAAUCAGAAAAGGUGCAGCAUUGGGUGGAAAGACUUUGUCAGACACGGUUAGAACAGAUUUCCUCUGUGGAGAAUGAGUCUCCUGAGUUGGCAAGUGGACGUCCUUCGGCAUCUCCCUCUGCCACAUCAAUGCGGCGGUUUGCCGGGGGGCUGCAGCUUCAUACCACAGAUCUUGAUGACAUAAACUUAGAUGAAGUUGACAAACAAGUGGCAGCACCUCCACCCCCACCAGCUGUUACUCCAGUAUCACCAGGUCAUCCACUUCCCACAUCCAGUGUUCCACUUCCAAGAGGUCCGGUGCUGGCAGUACCACCAGCUCCCCAGGUUGUAAGAAACACCUCCCAUGUUGGCAAAGCAUCUUCUGUGUCAAGCAGUCCUCUGCAACUUGCUCCAAGUCCACCUACCCAACGACAUCCAGGGGUACCAAUAGUCUCUAAACCAGUCAUGCUGCAUCCUGACCCAAACUUUAUGGUCAGGCCAACAAUCAAAUCUGAGGCCCUGCCACAAGAGAUGUUUAAAAGGAUGGUGGUUUACAAUUCAUCAUUUAGAUCUAACAAAAAACAAGGCUUCCAGAAGUAUGUGGAAGACUUUGAUCCAUAUUCAAUGUUUACCCCAGAGCAGAUUAUGGGAAAAGAUGUACGGCUAUUACGCAUUAAAAAGGAAGGAUCAUUAGACCUUGCAGUUGAGGGAGGAAUUGAUUCUCCGAUUGGAAAGAUAGUAGUCUCUGCAAUCUAUGAGGGUGGUGCUGCAGACAAGCAUGGAGGCAUAGUGAAAGGAGAUGAAAUACUGGCUGUAAAUGGCAAGAUAUUAAUUGACAGCAGGCUGGCAGAAGCACAAGCAACUCUAGCAAAAGCUUGGAACAUGGGUGGGGAUUGGAUUGACUUAGUCAUUGCAGUGUCACCUCCGAAGGAAUAUGACGAUGAAAUGACAUUUUUUUAAAGUACGGAAGGUUACGCUUAAGAAAUGAAGUCUUCCCCCUGCAGACACCUGCUGCUCUGAAAAUUAAUAGGAUAUCAACAGCCACAUAAAAUGCAGUUUUAUUUGAAAGAAAUGUGAACAGUCAGAUCUGGAAAUUGAACUAGAGACUUCAUGUUCUUCAGGUAAUUUGAGUAAUUUCAAAUCAUUCUGUGGACAUACACAAAGAAAUUUGUUGUGAGCCCACUGAGAAGGACAGCCAGUAAGCAUAGCUGUAUCUGUGAGAACUCCAAAUCUAUUCUUCUCUAUUUUGGGAAGACAAAUUUUGAAAAUUAUCUUCCAGUUUUCCCAGAAAUAUACACCAAAAUGACAAAUGAAGAUGGAACACAGAUGUCUGUUCCCACAUGCAACAUUUGUGAUUACACGUUCACAGGCCAGUUUGGGUGUGAGAAAGCUUAUAUUUUUACUUUGUACAUAGUGAUUUUCCAUGGGGAAGUGGGGACGUAUAUGAGUAAUUUCUGUUCUCACUGAUAUCCUUGUAGCUCUCUUAAUGUCUGUUUCUGUUGCCCAAUUGUGAGUUGUUUUGAUUAUGAAAAUCCUGCCUGUAGAAGGGCUUCUACACCAAUUAUACCAGGAGUGUGAGCAUUAUAUGGAGUAAUUUUGGCGAUGCUUCUGUGGUAUAAAGGGUCUUCUCUAUCAGUGAAGUAAAUAGCUAGCAAGUAGUCCAGGUAACAUCAUGAUGUGUUGUCAGUUAUGGUACCAAGUAUCGUGUUGGUGGUAAAAAUUAAUCUCUCAUAUAGUCAAAGGUGGAAAAUUUCAGUCUGAUUCAGUCUGUACUUAAGUACUUUGUUCUCAGUGAGUCUACACACAAAUAAAUGUGCAGUCAGUAAAAGUAAUAUUUCACUGUGAGUUACUGUUUUCUGUUUAAGUAACUUCCUCCAGAGCAUAACAUCUACGUUAACCUGACUUUAAAUAAGUCUGAUUACAGUUGCAGAUGUAGUCAUUUCUUUAUAUUGUCAAGGUGUCUCCCUGGAAAUGUAACAGUCCUCCUUCCUUCCUCGGAUCUGCCAGUUUGUAUACCAUUUUUCACAGUGUGUUUAGAUUUUUCUUAUCUGGACUAAUGACGGCUAAAGUUUAAAGCUCUUUAGCAUAUCAAAUUCCCAGCUGAAGUCUUGCCAUUUCACCAUUUGGAAGCCCUCCUGUCUGUAACACGGGAGAAUAACAAUUACAUUCCUGAGAAGUCUGUAUUUGUAUGGAGAUAAACAGUUCUGUUGUCUUCCUUUGUUUUAUUCACGGUGUUGUUCCAGUAUGCCAAUGAUGUUGUCUGGCAGGGUACACAUGUUCAAGCUUUCAACAUUCUAACACUGUAACUCUCACAAGCUAAUCUAGAAAUAAAAUCAUAUAUGCCAAAUGGAA